GAUACGCUUCAACAUCCUGUGCCUGCACACCAGGCUCUGAAGAAUCUCUUUCGGCCAGAGUGCCAUUAAACUCCACAUCGAAUCGUGCUGUGAUUCCUGUCCUUUCGGUCUGCGGAGAUCUUUCCUCCCCCUUACGACCAUCCUUCUUACCCUUGCGGGACUGGUGUUUUGACUUGUGUUUCGAUUUCUCAGCAUUUGAAUUCGCUGAUUCGGCAUUGAUCGAUUCGGAGUGUACAUCAGUAUCAGGUAUCGUAGUCUCAGCGAUGAUAUCGUUAGGAGCAUCAAUGACUACGGGCGGCGGAUGCGCCUCUGAUCUCGCGAUCUCGGAAGCUCUCCCUCUCUUGCUCCUUUUGCCUUUCCUGUCCUUCUUGCCUCCUGGAUUCGAGGCAGCGACGGAGGCUGUGGCAUUCUCGAUCGUUGCGUCGUCCGUGACCAAAGCUGUGUCAGUCUCCAGUUGGACUUUCAUGGAUGAUGCAGCUUUCAGGUCCGCCCUUCUUCUACGAUCAAGCAAAAGAAAGGAAUCCGAUGGGACGGUCGUGUCCGGUAGGGCAGAUGUCAGUGUAUCAGCUUCGGUGCUCAAGGUAGUAUCAGGUGAACCCGGAGAUCCUUCGAUAUCUGGCUUGAUCUUCUCAUUCGCCUCUAAAGGACCUGACGGCUCGGUCCUCUGCUUUGCCGAUACUGUAUUCGGAUGGAUGGUUUCCGAUCCAUUUAACGCUGAUUCGACUUGUGCAGCAAACUCUGGAGGGACCUGAUUCUUCUUCAAUAUGGACUUGAGUGUCUUGGGUGCCUCGCCAGUCUUUGCAGCCUUGCUUGAAUCACCAAAGACCAAGUCUGACGUCUCCGCAGUCUGCUGUUCAGAGAUGGCGGGCAUGGCGAGAUCGAUACUGAAGGAAUCAGACACUGCAAACGUUAUUAGUGUCGAGUCAGAUCGAUGAACGGACGGAUUGACUU